AUGCCGGGUGCCCUCGCGCCUGAGACCACGCAGCACCUGUCGUCCUCACCCACCUGGUACUUGCUGAAGUGGUCAGCGACCGCGGAGAUGGCAGCAUCUGCCCGCUACUUUGCCAAUCCGUUCCUCCAGGCACCCUCCUCCUCGUCCUCCUCGUCCUCCUCUCCGUCGUCGGCACCCGCCCAAGCCCUUGUCGCUGCCUGGCCAGAGCUAGAGGCCAGCGCCAUGGAUGCGACAGCGCGUGCGGUGCGGAAGGAGACAGCUCGGAUGGUUUGGGAGACGUACGGCGAUGGCGAUGAUGAGAACCACCACUUUGGCGUGUACACGGGCCUGGCCGGCGCUGCGCUGGCCUUCCUCCACAUGGCCGCCGCCGGAGUUUCCGGUGCGAGCUCGCGGGCAAGAAAGCUGGCAAAGGCCGCCCGACGUGCGCUAAAGACCCAGCCGGGUCGCAAGCGGGAGAGGAUCACCUUUCAUGAAGGUGAGCCAGGCGUGUGGGCGGUGUCGGCGGCGGUGUCGGCGGUGGCCGGAGACGAUCGCAGGGCCUGGGAGUACACUCAGGAGCUGAUCUCGUUCUACACCGACGCCCCGACCCGCAUACGCGAUGCAGACUCGGACGAGAUCCUCUACGGUCGUGCGGGCUAUCUGUUGGCUCUGCUGUUUGUCGAGUCGUUUGGCUGUUCCGUUGACGAGCAGGUCAAGGCCGACGUCGUGACCUGCAUUCUGGACUCGGGCCGCACCUGCGCGGCUCGCGCCGGCGACUCCAGCCCACCGCUCAUGUACGCCUGGCACAAGAAGAGGUACUUUGGCGCUGCCCACGGCCUCAGCGGCAUCUUGUACACGCUGCUGCGGGCGUGGAGCGUGGUUCCGGAUGCUGCCCGUGCCGACGUCCGUGCCACCAUCGACUGGUUUGCAGCUAGCCGGUUCGAGUCCGGCAACUGGCCGUCGUCGAUGGGCAACAGCAAGGACCGGCUGGUCCAGUGGUGCCACGGCGCACCGGGUGCCAUCCACAUGCUCUGCGAAGCGGCGGCUCGUUUCGACGCCCCACAACUGCUGGACGCUGCCGUCGCCGGCGGCGACGUCAUCUGGGAGCGCGGCGUUCUGACCAAGGCGCCCGGCCUCUGCCAUGGGCUCGCCGGUAACGGGUUUGCCCUCUUGGCUCUCCAUCGCGCCACAGGCGUCGCUAUCUGGCUUGUCCGCGCCCGCGCUUUUCUUCUCCUCGCCAACUCGCCCUCCUUUGUUGAGGGUCACGAGACGUCCGACAACCCGUGCUCGCUCUACCAGGGCACUCCAGCUCGCCGAUCGUGCCAUGUUUCCGGGCUACGAGCUGCCUGA